CUUUUCAUAUUUCAUGCUUUGUACAAAUGUUUAAUAUAGGUAAACAAACGAGCAAGAUUUCUUUGUGCCGAUUGGUCACCUAGAAGCUACUGUAAUCCACGGAUAGUGUCCGAACGCAUCCUAAAAAGGAGGGCAAUGCACUAUUGGAGAAAUUCCGUCAAACGUCAAAUGACGUCGGCUCGGACGGAUAUAAAUAUAAACACACCGAGAAAAUCUAUUAAAUGUGCUAAUAAACUUUAUGAGUUAAAUCCAUGUGCUCCGAGAAAUGCUCAAUGAUGAAAGAAGAGCUCGAAGUAGUGGAGCAGUUUUUUGGAGUGUACCUGCUGUAUUGCACCAAUCCAAAGUAUCGGGGCAGAACGUAUAUAGGUUACACUGUAGAUCCAAGGCGCAGGAUUAAGCAACAUAAUGCUGGUAAAAAGCAUGGUGGAGCUUGGAAAACUAGCCAGAAAGGACCAUGGAACAUGAUCUUGAUCGUUUAUGGAUUCCCUAAUAGCACUUCUGCACUCAGAUUUGAAUGGGCUUGGCAGCAUCCACACGAGAGUAGACGGUUGAAACAUAUUCCCAAGAAGAAGUCAACGCAAACAAAGUUUGAUUUCUGUUUGAUAAUCUUGUCUGAAAUGUUAAAAGUUGGGCCUUGGCACCGCUUACCCUUGACAUUACGUUGGUUGGAUUAUGAAUUUUCUAAGAGAUAUCACGGAUGUAUAUCUUUACCAUUACACAUGCCUAUAUGCUAUGGUAAAGUUACCAGUUGUAAAAUUAAGCCAACACAAGGAAUAAAAACAGAUAAUAUUUUGUCACAAGAAUCAAUAUUUUGUUUCUUUUGUGACUCCAGUAUGACAGAGAGAGAUUCUGUCGCUUGUAUAAAACCAAAUUGCCUUUUGAUUGCACACUUGAUUUGUUUAGCAAAAGAAUUCACCAAAAACGCAAUGAUCGUACCGAUCGAAGGUACUUGUCCUACAUGCAAAACUAAUAUUCUUUGGGGAGAUCUUAUAAGAAAGAAGAAUGGAUGCUAUCAAAAUCUCGAAAAGACUAAUGCUGACUUUUCUUCCAGCGAUAGUGACAUUUAGUAGUAUAUUACAUAAUUAUUUGUAUAUAAAUAUGAAUUUUUACUUAAUUUAAUUUAUUGUAGCAGAAUAGCGGCAAUCUCAUCUAUUACCUCAUAAACAUAUCAUUGAAAAAUCAUAAG